AUGACUUCAAAACUUUUUUCACGUCUUACUACAAAAAAUUCUGCACUUCUUAUUUGUGAUCUUCAAGAAAAGUUCAGAAAUAAUAUACAAUAUUUUCCUGAAAUUGUUACUGUAACAAAACGUCUUAUUACUGGAGCAAAAAUUUUUGAUGUAAAAGUUUUGGCAACAGAGCAAUAUCCUAAAGGACUUGGACAUUCUGUUGAAGAGCUUGAAUUAAAAAAGUUUGAUAUUAAUGUAGUUGAGAAACAAAAAUUUUCAAUGUGUGUUUCUGAAUUAAUGAAACAUAUUCCAAAUGACAAUAAAUCAAUUAUUCUUUGUGGUAUUGAAGCUCAUGUAUGUGUUCUUCAAACGACAUUAGAUUUCUUAGAACAAGGAAAGGAUGUUCAUAUUGUUGUUGAUGGUGUUAGUUCAAGAACAAUGUUUGAUAGAAAAUAUGCCUUUGAAAGAUUAAAAGCUGCUGGUGCAAAAUUACGUACCAGUGAAUCUGUUUUAUUUGAAUUAAUGAAAGGCUCUGAUCAUCCAAAAUUUCGUGAAGUCCAAAAACUUGUUCUCUCACCAGCUCCAGAUUCAGGAUUAUUAAAUCUAUAA